AUGGACAAAUACAUACGAAACAUCUACAGAGGCGUUUAUACCGUUCUCAUCGGGAUGCGGGUGACAAUCAGGCAGUUCUUUGAACCGAACGUCACGCAUCAAUACCCGUAUGAACACGACUUUGAAAAGAAACGAAACGUCCGGGAGAUUCCAAAAGGGUAUCGCGGGCAGCUUUAUAACCGCACUGAAGAUUGUAUCGGAUGCAAAAAGUGCGAGAUGAUCUGCCCGGUCGAUUGUAUCACUAUUGAUGCCACUAAACUCCCGAAAGGUGAACGACUCUGGGAUAGCAUGAACGUCGUACAUCUCAAGGACGGAAGAGAAAUCAUCGGUAUUAUUGAAGGCAACGAUAAAAAGAUAAAGUCGGAAGAUUCGAUAACCCUCACGAAUCUCACCUCUCGCCAAGGUCCACAGGAGGUCAUAGACCGCCAUGAAGUAUCGGGUCUCGAGAGUCGAACUCAGACCUUUUCCGGCGACGAAGUAUCGCGUGUUGUCACCCGAAAUCCGGUCGUUUUCUAUCUCGAUCAGUUCGCUAUUGAUAUGUCCCUCUGUAUGUAUUGUGGGCUUUGCACCGAGGUGUGCCCGACAGAGUGUCUUACUAUGAAGGACACACUCGCUGGUGUUGCAUACUCUAAAUUCGACCGGUCGGAUCUA